AUGUCCUGGGAGGCUUUUACUACUCGUUCUUGGGACGUCAUCAAAUAUGUUGAUCUUCGCCCAAAACAGCCUCGAACAAUUUUGGACCCUGGUCUUAUGGUGAAUCUUAACAAGGAAAGCCGUCUUCUCACUGUGUUUCAAGAUAGUAUCAUCAUUGAGCAGGUUCCCCUUUUCCAACAACCAGUUUCAGCCAGGUACCGGGACGCCGAUGUCGUACUCACGCUUUCUUCACCAUCGCUUUUCAUCAAAUUUCGAAUUCGUUUAUCAAAUACAGCUGAUCGUUGUUCUCUAUGUUUGGCCCUUUCUGAAUUCAUGCUUGUGGACGAAUGUAUUCCGCAGUCUAAAGGUCCACGUACUCGACUUUUUGUGGAUAACGUUUCCUCGACACAAAAUUCGAAUACGAGAGAGCACAGCAGUCAGAAUUAUCAGUCGAAUUUUUGUGAACUGUCAUGCAACAGUUCUUCAUCACAACAAUCACUUUUCGGAUCGGAAUACCGUUUUUCGUCGCAACCAGAGUUCCACAAUAUGUUAAGCCAGCGGAAAUUAAGUCAAGAAAUUUUCUCAACUUCUCCUCAACCCUCUCACUUCGGCUCAUCCCCAUUCCAUUCCUCGUUCAGCCCACUUUCGUCUCAGCCAUCGUUUAGUCCUCAUCUAAAUCAAGUUAAGUUCUGCGCCAACGAUCGAAGAUCAGAGACGCUGUCGCAAUCGUUGGAUCAGAGCUGUCAGCGACUGGAUACCACGCGAUAUCAAACGCACUGCAAGAAGAUCGCCAACCCGACGCAACAAAGCACACGUAAAGAAGCGGAAUCACAAGCAGAUUGUACUGAAGUAUGGGGUUCCACUCCUGAAGAAAUCCGUUCGGAGCUCUCGCGGCUAAUAAAUACAGUGUCAUUCCAUUCUCUUGUCCAAACGAUUCAACAACUGUUACCUACAUUGCAGACGGCUACGAAUGAUGCAGCUGGGGAUGGGAAGACAUGA